AAAUAAUAAAAAAAUCUUAAUAUCUUUGAACUAUAAAAACCAUUUAAAUAUUAAAAUGGCUGUAUUAUGUCGCAUCAUAAAAUGUUUAGAAAACAAUAUAUUAUCAAUAGGACGAAAUAGAAAUAUAACAUUAUCUGCAACAAGUUAUAUCAAAGAAAUAAUCGAAAAGAAAGAAGGAAAUACUUUAACUAUUGAAGCUGUAAUAAAAUCAGAUAAAAAUGAUGAACGAUUUUUAAAACCUAAAAAUGGGGCAUGUCCUAUUUGUUCGUCUGGUCUUAAUAUUAAACAUACAGAUGUUCUCAUUCUAAAUCAGUUUGUUAGAUCAGAUGGGUGUAUAUUGCCACGUAGGAUUACAGGUCUUUGUGAAAUACAACAAAAAAGAAUUAGUUCAUUAAUCCAAAUGGCUCAAUAUGCAGGACUAAUGCAAAGGAGAGCUCCUAAAGGUGGUUUACUUCAUCCUUUACAGAGAAGGAAAUGGAGAAAAUUUAAUAGCUAUUAUGAUGAAAAAACUAUUAAAGCUAGAUAUGUGUAAUACUUAAUUAAUAAUAA